AUGACCUUUGACUUUGAGCAGCUAGAAAUGGCCGAACAGGUGAGAGAAUGCCAGAACUACGAAAGAGAGACGGUUGAAAAAGAGAGUCGGAAAAGCGACAGGCGUGAUGGAAAUGCUGAGUUCCCCUUGGAUUUAGAGCCAUUUUCAUCGUCCUUUGGGUCUUCCUCGGCUUCAAGACCGCGAAGCAGAGCCAGAACUUGGUUUGAGAUCAAGCGUUUCUUUGAGGCAGAUGCACGAGGAUCCCCCAGUGGAAGGGCACAUUCUGUUCGACAGCUAUUGCUGAAGACUGUUCAUGAACGGUUACACCAAGAUGGGUUUGUACUGAUCGACUGCUACCUGCCGAAGAAUGCAGCACAAGAUCUCGCAAAGCAGUUGGAGGUACUGAAUGUGAAGGAUCAAGUUGCGGCUGGAUAUAAAGAGGCUGUCCAGCCUUGGGUGGGGAGUCACUUGCUGCAGUCAGCAUUUACACUUCCACAGCCUGUUUCAAGAACAAAAGAAAACCACGUUGCCCUUUCAAACCUGUGCAGCACUUGUGAGGUGAGCUUCUCAGGUGCAAGUGGAGAGUUAUCCGUUUUUAGACCAGAUACAAAAGAAGGAUUUCUUCUGUCCAUGAAAGCAUUCUUACACGCUGCAGCCAGUCGUGCAGAGACACACAGUGUUGCAACGGAUAAGAUUCCGAAGGUCCUCGUGAAGUUUUGCUUUGGCGAGCUUCCCAACCGAGAAGGCAGAGCUUUUGAAGCAUGA